UUUCUGUGUGGAAGAAGCAGAUUUGCCAAAAUAAACAAUAAAUCAGUUUAUACAUUUAAGCACUAAUAUGAGUAAAGCAGAUGCACACUCUUCAAGCAUAACUCGUUUGAAGUAAUGGUGCUUCAUAUAACAUAAUCCGAGAAACAAGUGUUAAUGAUAAAUCCCCUGUGAUGUUGCAUUGGGAGCAGCACUUCUAGACAUUCUGGGUUAGACAACAUGUGUCAGGUCUCACUGUCAGAAAAAAUGGUUAAAAUCCAAUUAAUUGAAAAUUAAUCACACUUCAAAUUUUGCUGAGAAUUUGAUUACUCCCAAAAGAUCAAAAACUGGUUUUGCGUUAAAUGCGUUAAUAAUUGUAACAUUAUUUUUAACAGUAAUUAAUUAAUCUAAUUAAUGCCAGCCCUAUAUAAUAGUCACAUGGAAUUGAUGUUUAUGGCAUUGAAAUUCUGCAGCAAAGCGAUGAUAUCUUAGAUCAUUAUAUAGCACGGUUGGCGAACACGGUCCUGGAGAGCCUCCCCAGCGGGCACCUUGAUGUCAAUUUGACGUCAAAUAUUAGACAAGAUUUGAUCAAGAUGCUGCAAAACAUAAUUUCAAAGUCAGAUUAUACAUCAAGUCCUUCCAGUGGUUAAUUGGUGAAAAUAUUAGGUUCAUCCCAUACUGAAAUUGAUUAUGUAAGUAUAUGGGCCAACAUGUUUGACAUUGAGUUGACGUCAAAUCAACGUCGUGUUAUAGGCGUUCAGUUGAUGUCAUAUUGACAUCACAUUGAUAUCAAUGUAAAUAGCAAUUUUUUCUUCAAAAUGCAGCCAUUCGGCAUAUGUUUUGAAUCCUAUGUUGUUUGAUUUCUGCAUGAAAGUGGACUUCUGUAACUUCUGUGGUUAAAAACAUAUAAACAACAACAAAAAACUAUUUAUAAAAUAAACAUGUAGGCAUAAAUUACUGAUAAUGAAAGAAGUGAAUAUAUUAUAUUUUACCAAAAAUAUACUGUUUUUCUUAAUUACGAAAAAAAUAAAAAAAUAUGCAGCAUUUUUGCUGUAACCCCAUAUUAAGUAUGUGUACCCUUAUUUUUUUUAUAUACUUUAAAAUUAAAAAACAUUUGCCAUAAUUGAUAAUGAAAGUGUAAUACCAAGCAUAUACAGUAUUACAACUACAUGUUCAUUUAUGGAAAAUUUACAUUUUUCAUUAAAUUUUUCAUAGUGAACAGGCUACAUAUUUUAAAAUUAUUUAGAUUUUCUUGUCUUCAACUAAUAGAUGCAAUGCUAGGGUUCUUAAAAAAAAUCAUACUUAUUUUUCAGAAAUUCUAUUUUCUUUUAUAUUAUGAAAAAUGUAGGGCCUACAAUGCCCAUUCAUAUUCUCUAUUCCUAAUACCACCUGUAGAUGGCGCCUUUUUCACAUUCUCGGGUUGUUCUGCAGCUGAAGAAUGGACUACAAUUAAUUUAUUUAUUUUUGUGUGCAAUUUGAUGCAAACCUAGUAUGACAUAAUGUUAUACAUGUAUACACGGAAAAAAAGACAAGAAAAAAUAUUUGGAGGAUUUACGACGUUGAUGACCGUUGAAAUGCACGUCAUCACGUCUUGCGUACAACAUAGAGGCUAGUGGCAGUGCGCGCGCGGGCAAGUCGUCAAGUCGAAGCAGCUCGACAAGAUUGGCGCUUUUAGGCUGAGUAAUAAACAUCUCAUUAAAUAAAACAUAAUUGGGUAACUUUGAAAACUUAGAAGAUUGUGUUUUGGUUAAAUAUUUGACGUUGCAAUGAGUAUUUUGUUCUUUUUGGUGAAUUGAAAUUUCCCGCCAUUUGUGAAGGAUUCUGAGGUAACAGUUAACGUAAUUUAACAGAGUUAUUGUUUUUUUAAAAUGUCUAUUUUGAAAUGUCACGAGUACUGUUAGUUUUUCAAUUUUUGUUCGUACUAAUAAAAAUGCCCUAACGUUUGAAUCUCUUUCCCGAUACGAUUCGACAAAACGCAACAUAACCAAUUGUAAUUCAAAAUUGUGUCCACUAUAUGUGAAAUUAACAUGACGUACAUCAUUAUGUCUUUAUCAGUGCAGUUGAAUCGUCGAAUCGUCGUAUACUGUACACAACGAGUUCGCCAGUAACACAUUCAGAACGCGUUCAGAACGACGACUUGCACACGAAUGACUCAUUUGAACCACUUCAUUUAAGCUAUUGAACUUUUCAGUCACUAUAGGGAAUAUAAGAGAUCAUUGAAUCAUUUAAAAUGAACCACAGGGAAUGCAAGAUGUGAAUGAGCUUUGAUCAAUAGUAAGACGUAUUAAUUCAGUUGGCCAUUGUGGGCUGAAAAGUUAGUUGAAGAUGAUAAAAGCUUUAUUUGAUUAAAAAAAUAAUAAUAAUUCCUGUUUGGUUGAAUAAGUAAUGUUUUAUAUAACUUAAUAAUUGUCUUUUUCAUCAAAUUUUAUUAGAUAUAAUAAUAAUAAUAAGUUGAAGUCACUUUGGUUAAGCCACUUAAAGGUACGGUACAAGUCAAGAUCAGGAUGACACCACCUCCGCCUCAUAAUGUCUACUGUUAUUUCCCAUAAAACGCAACAAGCUAAACAGCACAGACAGUUAUCGCCAAAAUAAAAACACAUAAAACAAAGAUCCUAUGUGAUCAGCCUAUAGCCUAUGGGCUGUUUGGUGUAACAAUGGACCGAGUUCCACAUCUUUCCCCUCACCAAACACAUAAAUACGAUUACGAUUCUCAUGUAUUCGAUUCGAUUUCACAAUGCGGCUGCCACAGAUCUUAUAUUAUUUUAUGUGACUAAUUAUAUAUUGAUAUUUGAUAAUACAUGUACCAAAGUAAUGCAUGAGUCCCGCUCUUGACUUAGGGCAGAGCUACAUAGGCAGUGCGUUUUUAUUUUUUUAUUUUUUUUUAUGUAAAUUAUUUUUUUGUAAACACCAAAAAACAACAGCAAUAUAUCGAUGAAUGGCAUCAGAAAACCAGCAGUAGGUUAUAAUCGAUUAUGGUUUAGUACUGCUGAAGUGUCAAUGUCUGCAUUGCGAAGCAUCGUAAAAAUAUUUAUUUUAGCACCUCUAUAUGCUAAAUUUAAUUUAUCGUUUAAGUGUCUAUAGAUGGAUAAUACAACUAACGUAUUAAAAUACUAACAAGGAAGUAUCUGGUUUUGACUGAGGUUGAUGCAAAAAGUUCAGUAUAGAGUUUAUUUUUUAUUUUUUUGUCUGUUAAUUAAUGAUGGUAUUCCUUACUGCUGAAAUGCAUGAUAAUUUGUUUUAAUGUUUAAAAAUAUAACAAAGGCCCAUGCAUUGGCAUUAUUCCACAACAUCUUUGUAAAUAUAUGUAAAUGUUUUAGAGAUCCAUAUGGACUCCUCUUAUUUUGCAGCUACUUGUGACGCUAAAUAAUGGCAUACCACAGAAACUGGAGGAAACGUCAUGCUGAAGUGCUGUCUCUUGCAGAUGAUGAUUCAAAUAGCAGUGAUACAGAUGGGUUACUGAGGGCUCGGUUCAGUGAGGAUGAAACUGAUUCUUUGCCACCUUCAGCCGAUGGCAACAUUUCAGAUUAUGACUCUGAUGCGUUAGUGCUGUCUUCUGACACUGACUCUGAGGUUGCUGACUAUUUGUGUGAUGAUUCUGCAGAGGAAACUGCUCCUGAUCUGGGAGAGGAAAUUGCAGCAUGGGCAGCUACCAACAAAUGCAAGCGAUCUGGACUAAAUGAACUACUAGAUAUUCUAAGGCGCCAAGGACAUCGCCUCCCCAAGGAUGCCAGAACCCUGCUGAAAACCCCUAAAAGAGUGGAAGUAGUUGAUCUGUGUGGUGGUCAAUAUGCCUACUUUGGUAUUGCAUCAGGAGUACUGAAGGUUUUAUCCCAGAAUCCUGUUUUCCAUGAAGACCGAAUAGAUAUGUGCUUUAACAUUGAUGGCAUUCCAUUAUUUAAAUCAUCAAGUCUGCAAAUGUGGCCAAUCCUGUGCAGUUUCCAUGAUUUUGCACCCUUCAUUGUGGCACUCUAUUGUGGAAAAGCAAAACCGAGCCCAGUUAAAGAUUACCUCUCUGAUUUUCUACAGGAGUUGCAGCAACUUAUGCAAGAUGGCAUAGUCCAUGGAGAGAAAGCACUGCAAGUGACUGUAAAAUCCUUUGUUUGUGAUGCACCAGCUCGAUCAUUCCUGAAAUGCAUAAAGAAUCACAAUAGCUACUUCGCAUGUGAGCGCUGCACAGUUAAAGGCACCUAUGUGGGACGAGUUGUUCUUGGUGCUACAUCGCCUGGUGUUGUUGCAAGGUCUGAAGCAGAUUUCAGUAGACUUGCCUACAAAGACCAUCAAAUUGAGAAAUCCCCACUGACACUAGCUGGAAUUCCAUGUGUUCGGCCAUUUGCAUUGGACUACAUGCACUUGGUGUGUUUGGGUGUAGUUAGGAGAAUGCUUCACUACAUGCAGAGAGGACCCCACACAUGCAGACUGUCAUUUCAGCAAAGGAGUGACAUUUCAGUUAAACUAAAGGCAUUGAAUGGAGAACUACCUAGUGAGUUUGCACGGCAACCUAGGACUUUACUGGAAUUGGACAGAUGGAAGGCUACAGAACUUAGACAGUUUCUCCUUUAUACUGGACCAGUGGUUCUAAGAAAAGUGGUUUCACAUGCUGUAUACAAACACUUUCUUUCCUUGAUGGUUGCGGUGUCCGUCCUUUUGAAUUCGGAUGAUGCAGACCGUAAGGAACACUUAGACUAUGCUCGAGAGCUACUCAUGUACUAUGUGAAGAAGUGUGAGGCUAUAUAUGGAAACACCUUCGCUGUAUACAAUGUUCAUUCACUAAUUCACUUACCAGAUGAUGUGGAACACUUCAACUGUUCACUGAAUGGGAUUUCAUGCUUUCCAUUUGAGAACUACCUGCAGACUCUAAAGAAAAUGGUCAGACAAUCUCGCAAUCCUAUAGCCCAAGUUGCCAAGCGUCUAGCAGAAAUUGAAAAUUCUACAAAAUCUAGGCCUUUUACCAAAGAGAGCUUUACUCGCAUAUCCACAAGGCCAAGAGAUUGUUGUUUCAUCCUUCAGAACAAGGACUAUGUCUUUGUGAAGGAAAUGCAUGAAGAUGGCACCUUGGUUUGCGAUGUGCUACACCAAUGCAACACAGAGAGUUUCUUCACUGAUCCUUGUGAUUCUAAACUGCUCCACAUCGUCCGUGUUAGAGAUAUCAGCAGAACUAGACGUCGACUGAUCAGCAAACAGCAGUUGAUUCGUAAAGUUGUCUGUCUGCCAGCCAACCCUGGUGAAGCUGACACAGGAUUCAUUUUGUUCCCCAUGUUGCAUGAAAUAGAACGUAACUGAAUUGUACAUGAUGUGGGUCAGGGCGGUUUGGAAAGAGCCAAAUGGAGAGGAGGAGGGAGUCAUCCCCGAGGUUUGGGUGAAGGACAACAUGGUACACUGGCCACCAGGGGCUAAUGUAACUAAAGCAGCUAAAGAGAUGCGAAC